GUCGAAAAAUGAUCAGACUGUGGGCAAUAGUAGCUAUUCUAGCCUUGGGCUGUGCUGUGGCGCAAGGAGCGGAUGAACCGAAGUGCGGAGCUUGUCAGAGCGGAAACGAUGCCCUCUGCGUUACGGAGACCUCAUAUUACAAUUGCUUUGAUGGUAACAAAUACGGAAAUGAGAUUGAAUGCGAUGACGGCUUCGUUUGCACCAAUGCCGAUUCAAUAUGCGUGAAGAAAACUGAACUCGAGGAACUCCCUGACUUAGUAAAUGUGUGUGGCGGCGGCUCCAGCGGCUGCGGGGUUUGCUCCACUAAUCAAAAGUACACCUGUGUCAGCAAGAAUCAAGCCGGCCGUUGUAUUAAUGGCAAAAUAUCCGCCGUAGUUAAUUGCGAAGAGGAUGAGAUAUGUGUGGCUGACACUGAAUUAGCAGACCUGUCCGUCUGUGUGCCACAGUGUGCGGCGGACUUUUUGAAAAAGUCGCCCACCUGCAGUGAGGAUGUUGUCUACACCACAACAACUGCGGCGCCAGCCCCAACGAUCAGUCCAGCUGACCGAGUAGCCAUCUGCACGCGGGAAUCAAGUGGAGUUACAACAUUGUUUUUCUAUGCUUAUGCUGAUACGACAUGCAAGUCCGCAGUGUACUGCCAGAGGAACAGUCUUACCAGCACCAAUUGGGUUACCUUGACAAGAACAUGCCCAUCCUCCACGCCGUACUUCGACACUUACAUAAGAAAUUGUGUGGCCACCAAGCCAACUAGUUGUCCUAUCCCUUCAACUGUUCCACCUGUGACUACUGCUAUACCUGACACUACAACUGUCUCCACGGCCGUUCCAACUGACAGUACGGCUGUUCCAACUAUCAGUACGGCUGUUCCAACUGACAGUACGGCUGUUCCAACUAUCAGUACGGCUGUCCCAACCGACAGUACGGCUGUUCCAACUGACUCAACGACUGGUGAAACUGGCACAACGGCUGUUUCAACUGACAGUACGGCUGAUUCAACUCAGACUACGGCUGUUCCAACUGAUUCUACGACUGUUUCAACUGACACAACGGCUGGUGAAACCGGCACAACGGCUGGUGAAACCGGCACAGCGGCUGUUUCGACUGACACUACGGCUGAUCCAACUCAGACUACGGCUGUUCCAACUGAUUCUACGGCUGUUUCAACUGAUACAACGGCUGGUGAAACCGGCACUACGGCUGUUCCAACUGACACAACGACUGGUGAAACUGGCACAACGGCUGUUUCAACUGACACUACGGCUGAUCCAACUCAGACUACGGCUGUUCCAACUGAUUCUACGGCUGUUUCAACUGAUACAACGGCUGGUGAAACCGGCACAACGGAUGUUACAAGUGACAUUACGGCUGGUGAAACCGUCACAACGGCUGAUCCAACUGGCGAGACCAACACUACGGCCUAGUUAUUUAACUUGCAGUUGAAGCAAGUUUUAAAAAUUUCUUAUAGCUAAAAUCAUUAACAUUUAUUCGAUUUUUGUAACAAUAAUAAAUACUGCUCAAAAUAUGUUGAUUAAAAUUGAAGUAUCUUACAUAUAUGAUCGAUUUGAUGUAACAAUUAAAAUUCUUAGUUUAUUGGCAAUUUCUUUAGUAAUACAAUUUAAUGUGUCAGCAAAAAGAAUGGGUUAAGUUCUGAAUUCUCUCGGCCUUAAGCCCCAAUAGAAAACAUUUCUACAUAUAUGCAUGCAUAUAUUUGCGUACGUCAUAAUUUCUAAAUAUGUGAUUAGAAUA